GGACUAUUGCGCUGGCAACCUCGAAUCUCUAUGAGUUUGACCCCGUAGCUCGUGUCCGAAGCAGGAGAGUGUGGCGGAGGGCUAGGCCCUUAGUUUUUCGAUCUUCACUUCGUUAAUAUUGUGUAAAAUGUGCACAUAAUAGUUAUCUGACUAAGUGAAGACUGUGCUCAAGAUUACCAUUCAGGAACAUCAAAAGCAUCCUUAAAAAUGGCAAAUCCUAAUCGCGAAAAUGUCAGCACCCGUUUUUCCGAUAAUUAUGAACUCAAAGAAGAACUAGGAAAAGGUGCUUUUUCAAUUGUGCGCCGGGCUGUACAAAAGUCAACAGGGUACGAAUUUGCUGCCAAAAUUAUCAACACUAAAAAGUUAUCAGCCAGAGACUUUCAGAAGUUAGAAAGAGAGGCUAGAAUUUGCCGAAAACUACAACAUCCUAACAUAGUUAGGCUUCAUGAUUCAAUUCAAGAGGAACACUUUCAUUACUUGGUAUUUGACUUAGUGACUGGUGGCGAGCUGUUCGAAGACAUUGUAGCCCGGGAAUUCUAUUCAGAAGCUGAUGCAUCUCAUUGCAUCCAACAAAUUUUAGAAUCAGUUCAUCAUUGUCACCACAACGGCGUAGUCCAUAGAGACUUGAAACCUGAAAAUCUCUUACUGGCCAGUAAGGCAAAAGGAGCCGCUGUAAAACUCGCUGAUUUCGGAUUAGCCAUUGAAGUACAAGGAGACCAACAAGCAUGGUUCGGGUUUGCGGGCACACCGGGAUAUUUAUCUCCCGAAGUUUUGAAAAAAGAACCAUAUGGAAAGCCCGUAGAUAUUUGGGCAUGUGGCGUAAUAUUAUAUAUACUGCUUGUUGGAUACCCACCAUUUUGGGAUGAAGAUCAACACCGACUAUAUGGCCAAAUUAAAGCUGGUGCUUAUGAUUACCCCUCUCCCGAAUGGGACACGGUCACACCAGAGGCAAAAAGCCUUAUAAACCAAAUGUUAACUGUUAACCCUAGUAAGAGAAUAACUGCUUCUGAGGCACUGAAGCACCCAUGGAUCUGCCACCGUGAACGUGUGGCUUCUGUUAUGCAUAGGCAAGAAACUGUCGAUUGCUUGAAGAAGUUUAAUGCGCGACGUAAAUUAAAAGGUGCCAUUUUAACAACAAUGCUUGCUACACGUAACUUCUCAGGAAAAUCCAUGGUGAAUAAAAAAGGGGAUGGAUCUCAAGUUAAGGAAUCUACGGAUAGUAGUACUACUUUAGAAGAUGAUGACUUAGACAAAGACAAAAAAGGUGUUGACAGGGCGUGCACUGUGAUAUCAAAAGAUGGCCAUGAUGAAGAUAGCCUUUCCAAGGCAGAUUCAUUCGGGAAAGCUCGUGGUGACAGUAAUGCUUCAAUGCGUCGCGCAGAAGUCAUCAAAGCAACUGAAAUACUGUUAGAUGCAAUCAAUAAUGGAGAUUACGAGACAUACUCAAAACUGUGUGACCCACACGUUACUUCAUUUGACCCAGAUUCACUUGGAAACUUAAUAGAGGGUGUUGAAUAUUAUAAAUUCUUUAUUGAUAACACUCCUAACAAUAUAAAAACUAACACCACUAUUCUCAAUCCAAGAGUACAACUUCUAGGAGAAGAUGUGGCCAUUAUCGCAUAUGUCUGUAUAACACAAAGUGUAGAUUCGGAAGGUAGACGUGCAACCCAUCAACACCAAGAAACUCGAAUUUGGCAUAAACGCUACAACAAAUGGACUGCAGUUCAUUUCCAUCGCACCUAACUACACCCUACUGAGAGUCGCUCCAUGAAAUCAAAGGAUAGUGUUCCGCAAAAGGUACCUCUUUGCAAUGGCGACGUUAUAACUACCAUUGUAACAUUUCAUAAAUAAAAAUUAUCUUUUCAGUAAAUACUAUCCGAUGGGGGUGAUAUAUAUAGCUCGAUUUAAUGUAAUUUGUAACUCUGCUAUGACAUCACGAAUUUUACUAGAAUUCUUUAUAAAUCUCAAGGAAUUAUCUAUUAAGUUCAUAAUGUAUUACUAUAGGCAAUUAACAUUAAAAGCAGUUCAAUGCUAUUUCCUACUCUAUAAUAGUCCAAUCCAAAUGUUAUAAUAUUGUGGCUAUAUUGUGACACUGAUCAAAUUUCCAAUGCUUAUUGCUAGGUUGUAGUGAGUGUAAAGAAGUUGUGAUCUCAGCCACAAUCGAAGAUGUCAACGAAUAAACAAAUAUUAGUAAGAUUCUGUGUAAAAUCUCAACAGAAACAUAAGAUCUGAUACAUGUAAACAAUACAUAAGUACCUACCUAUACAAAUGCUGAUAUUUUGAAAAUUUAGAUUUAUUAGCACAUUUCUCUAAAAUAAGUCUCUCUACAAUUUUAACUAUGGAUGUUUCGUCGUGCUUAAAAGUGGUGUUCUAUUUGUUAUUGAAUACCUAGUUAGUAAUAUAUAAGUAUUCAUAAAUGCAGUUAUUGGCACUACUCAUCCAGCACUGAUGUACUAACUUGCGGUAGAUGUUAAACUAUUGAAAAAAAUAAUUCAAUUCCUUUAAAACCUAGUUUAGCUAGAGUUCAUUGGUUAUUGUCUUCUUAAGUGAUUAUAUCAAUUUGUCAAUUUUAGAUUUAAAUAUGUACCUGCUUUGCUUAUGAAUAGAUAAUCUGUUUUCUAGACACCUCCGAAAAAAUUUUCAUUGUACUUAUAUAAUUUUUACAAUUUUGUUAUGAGGUAAUUAAUAGUCUGCCUAGCGUAUAGGUGUUAUAAAUGUUCUAAGGUAAAAACUGUGCAUGGUACUGAACUGUUUAGAAGACUUAACAGUUAGUGAAUUGGAGCUUCGAACGUGAUAUUAAUGUAAUUUUGUGAUUGAAAUAUUGCACAGUUUUACUUAUGGAAUGUGCUUUAAACUAUAAGUCAAAAACACUUAUUCCUAGAAAACUAAAUUAGGUAUAAUUAUAUUUAAACACAUUUUUACCGUUUUGUAUAAUAAUUUAGUAUAGUUAGUAACCUUCUUUAAUCAAUGACUUUGACAAAAAUUGGAAUUGUAACUAUAGUGGUACUUUCAACCUAGAUAAAUGUAUGAUGAUAAUUGUAUUCUUUAUAGUUGUGCCAUUAACAUUCAAUUUAGUGCCAAUAACUGUAAGUAUUAAAAUAUAUUCUAGUCUUUACUAUUAUAACACAUAUUUAGUAUUUAAUCAAUGUUUUGAAUUAAUUUUAAAAUUGAUAUAAAGAUAGAAGACUUAAUAUACCUACAGACUGUAUAUUAAGGGUAAGGUGGUACAUACUUUAGAUGCAGUUUCUACUUGCUCAUAAGAUAUCCACAACCCAAAAUUGUCAUGUUGUAGGUAUAAUAAACUUGAUUUGCACAUUGCCUACUUGGAAAUGUUGAUAUUUUCUCAUUACAUGUUAUUUUAUAAAAUCAAAGAAUUUUUAUGAGUUGUUACCAUAUCUUUAGUAAUAUAUUUUUUGUUAUAUUUGUGCUCUCCUAGAUGCUAUUUUUACCUACCAAACCGGUAAAAUUUGCUUUGAAUUCUCAAUAAGUUGGAUCAAAGUUAAAUUUUUAUUUAUCAUCACAAUUAUGUUGUAGCUUUAGUAAACCUAACUAUAAGAAUUGAAACCUAUUUAAAAAAAAAUAACUAUAUUAUUAAUUGUUACUUAUACCUACAUAUUUAAUUCUGUUUAAUCUAAAAAUGUUGAUUGCUUUCAAAAUAAACUAAUCCAUUAUAGAUACAAUUUAUUUCAAAACAGUUUACUAUUGUUAAAGAGUGUUUUAUGAUACUAUAUUCUUAGAUGUAAAAUUAUAUAUCAAAAAGAAAUUUCAUUUGCAAUAAAUUAGCUAUUUAAAAUGAAAAUUAUUGUUACACAAUGAGAGGAACAUUGAGACAUUUAAAACCGUCAUUAUUCGCCAGUCAUAUAUUUUUAUUGAUAAAAUAGUAAUUGCACAAAGAAGUCAUGUUAUUUCCACAAUUAUUUUCAGUAGACUUGCCAUAGAAAGAAUAUAUUAGAUACAUAAAACAUCUCAGUUAUCCUCUACAAUUAGAAAUUUCUGUUAACUAGAAUAAGAUGAGCUAUAAGUAAUAUUCCAUAAUUCAUGUAUCUAUUUAUAGAUUGCAGUAUUCCUCAAAUGCAAAAUCAUGAUUUUCAUUGAUAUAACCUAUUUUUACUGUUGUUGGUUAUGCAUAAUCACUAUUAAUGAUAAACACAUUGCUUUUCACUUGUUAAAAACUGAGUUCUGUGUUAGACAUCACACACUUUUAGUAAUGGUGCAGAUAAUUUAUUUGUAUCAAACACUAUCAAAUUGUAUUCAUACGAUCAUAACUAAGAUUAAUUUAAUUUUUUUUUGAGUGUAAUAUCAUUUGUACUUAAUUGAAACUAGAAUAAGUGCAUAUUUUGAUUAAGCUGAACUGCUUAAUUCCUAGGUAUGUUCAAAUUAUUUACUAUUUAAUAUCUAGGAUAUAACCAAAGUGUUUCAUUCUUAAAUGCACCUCAAAAUGAUUUAAGAUUUCACUAAUCAUAAUCAAGGUGGCUAAGUUGUUGUAGCAUAAUUUAAAAUGUGAAAGUGUAGGUGUAUUGAAUAUUUGUAUUUCUAUUCAAAAUAAUUUCUUAAACCUCUGCAUUGCCGAUUAUAAUGUAACAUUCUCUAAAUAAAGUUCUUUUGAUCUACUA